AUGUCGCUUCGGGAACAACUAGCUGCUCUAAAUGCUGAAGUUAGUGACGAGUGGAUGGUGGACUUAAUGGUGCGCUCGAUGUAUCAGUUCGGCUACUACAGCGCGUUGAAGGCAGCUAUGAUAGUUGGCCCGACACAGUUUGAGAGGCCGAUCCAAGCGAGAGCAAUGAUACUGACGUUGGAGAAGAAUGCUGGUGUGGAGAAAAUGCUGUUACGACGACGAAAGAACGGAGGCGAUGGGGCUGCUGGGCGCGAUGGUGAUGUCGGGCGAGGAACGAAACUAGCUGAUCAAGACAAAGAUGAUCACUUGCGUGACGAGGGACCUCAGCGGAAGAGGUCCAUGUCCGCAACCAAGAUGCCAGUCCAGAGACAGAUUGACUUCAAACGUGGUGCGUGCUUCCGAUGCCACAAGCCAGGACACCGAUUCUUCGAGUGCCCGGAUGCAGAAGACGUUGAUGUUGCUGCAGACGAAGUUGCAGCUGGGCGCGACAGUGUGGACGAAGACUAA